ACUAUUGUGCAAUCUCCUGUGGCGCGCAACAAAAAUUUACGAUGUCCCUCAUAUAGGAAUUAUCUUUGUUUUAAAUUCCUUUUUUAUUCAUAAUCCAAUAUCGGAACAAAUAAACAAACAGUUGAUAGUGCAGAUUGCACAAUGAAAAGUGCAAAAAUGAUACUGCUAUUUUUAGCCGUUACUGGCUACAUUACUUCUGCGACUGCGUAUAGUCUACCUAAAGAAGAUGAAUUUGAAUAUAAACACCAUGACAACAAUGAAAUUGAGAUGAUUCUGAAGAGUAUUCAUCGCAGAUGUCCGGAAAUUACUAAACUUUUCUCUUUAUCUGAACGCUCGGUACUCGGACAGAAAAUAAACGGAAUUAUUUUUGGUAAUGUUCCGUCUAGACAUCAACCAAUGACUCCUGAAGUGAAAUACGUGGGUGCUACUCACGGGAAUGAAGUCGUUGGUAAAGAGGUUUUAAUUCGAUUGGCUCACUAUCUGUGCGAAUCAUUUAGGAGUAACGACGCAGAGGUGCGCAGAUUGCUCCACUUGACACGCAUUCAUAUCUUGCCAGUUUUAAAUCCAGAUGGUUCUGAACUAGCAGCAGCAGCUUCGUACAAAGAAAGAAAUGAAAUCAUCGGUAGAGCUAACUAUAACUCCGUGGAUUUAAACAGAGAUUAUCCAAAAUUAGAUAAAAUUUGGUUUGCGAAUCAUCAAAUUACCCCGUGGAAUAAUCAUCACUUAUGGUAUAAUGAAACUGAAAUACUACCCAUGGUAAGAUAA